GCCCCGCCCGAGGUCCUCCGUUCGCCGAUGCGGCCCCGCAGAGCCGCGGGGCAGCCAGUGAUCUAAGCCGGGAGACCGUCCUACGCGCGGUGCCAUCAGAGGGGAGGGCGACACGGAGGGGCAGCCUCUUUGGGACUAACUCAUGAAGAACAAGGGUGCCAAGCAGAAGCUGAAACGAAAGGGAGCCGCCAGCGCGUUUGGCUGUGACCUGACGGAGUAUCUGGAAAGCUCGGGACAGGAUGUUCCAUAUGUAUUGAAGAGCUGUGCAGAAUUUAUAGAGACUCACGGCAUCGUGGAUGGAAUCUAUCGGCUUUCGGGAGUCACCUCAAACAUACAGCGGCUCAGGCAAGAGUUUGGCUCAGAUCAAUGUCCAGAUCUGACAAGGGAAGUGUACCUCCAGGACAUCCACUGUGUGGGCUCACUCUGCAAGCUCUACUUUAGGGAGCUGCCCAACCCCCUCCUGACUUAUGAGCUCUAUGAGAAAUUCACGGAGGCGGUGUCGCGUUGCCCGGAAGAAGGCCAGCUGGCCCGAAUCCAAAAUGUUAUUCAGGAGCUUCCCCCUUCCCAUUAUAGGACCUUGGAAUACCUGAUUCGACACCUGGCCCACAUCGCCUCCUUCAGCAGCAAGACCAACAUGCAUGCCAGGAACCUGGCCCUGGUGUGGGCACCAAACCUACUCAGGUCUAAAGAGAUCGAAGCCACUGGUUGCAACGGAGAUGCAGCCUUCCUUGCAGUCCGGGUCCAGCAGGUGGUGAUUGAGUUCAUAUUGAAUCACGUGGAUCAAAUCUUUAACAAUGGCGCACCUGGGUCUCUGGAGAACAAUGAAAACCAGCCCAUCUUGAAGAGCCUGACCUUGCCAGCCCUCUCCCUGCCCAUGAAGCUGGUGAGCCUGGAGGAAGCUCAGGCCCGCAGCCUGGCUACAAACCACCCCGCUCGGAAGGAAAGGAGGGAGAACAGCCUGCCCGAGAUUGUCCCUCCCAUGGGCACCCUCUUCCACACCGUCCUUGAGUUGCCAGACAACAAGAGAAAGCUUUCCAGUAAAUCGAAAAAAUGGAAAUCAAUAUUUAACCUGGGACGUUCUGGCUCAGACUCCAAAUCAAAGCUGAGCAGAAAUGGGAGUGUGUUUGUGAGGGGACAGAGGCUCUCAGUGGAAAAAGCUACUAUCCGACCAGCUAAAAGCAUGGACUCGCUGUGUUCAGUGCCUGUGGAAGGAAAAGAAACCAAAGGAAAUUUCAAUCGAACAGUCACCACUGGUGGAUUUUUCAUUCCAGCAUCAAAAAUGCACUCGACCAACACUGGUAGCUCAUGUGACCUCAGCAAGCAGGAGGGAGAAUGGGGCCAGGAGGGGAUGCCUGCGGGGGCUGAGGGUGGCUUUGACGUGAGCAGUGACCGGAGCCAACUCCAGGGCGCUCAGGCCCGGCCCCCACCUGAGCAGCUGAAGGUGUUCCGGCCCAUUGAGGAUCCUGAGAGUGAGCAAACAGCCCCAAAGAUGCUGGGCAUGUUCUACACCUCGAACGACAGCCCCAGCAAAUCCGCCUUCACCAGCAGCCUCUUCCAGAUGGAGCCCUCCCCCCGUCAUCAGCGCAAGGCACUGAACAUCUCCGAGCCCUUUGCUGUGUCUGUGCCACUCCGUGUCUCAGCUGUCAUCAGCACCAACAGCACCCCGUGCAGAACACCCCCGAAGGAGCUGCAGUCUCUUUCCAGCCUGGAAGAAUUUUCUUUCCAGGGAUCAGAGAGUGGAGGUUGGCCAGAAGAGGAGAAGCCACUGGGAGCUGAGACUUCUACAGCCUCUGUACCUAAGAAGGCAGUUCUUGAGGAUGCCAAGCCAGUACCUGAAGCAGUGGGGACAGCAGAAUACGGCAAAGGCCUUUCCCUGGAGCCAGGCACCCAGCUGGAGGAGAAAACCUCAGAAGUCUCUUUGGGCUCUCAACAUUCAAGUGAAUUAGAGAAGAUGCCAAAUCCAGAGAAGGUGGUGGAAGAAGGACGAGAAGCUGGCCGGGUGGAGUCCAGUGCUCUGCCAGAGAGCCCCAGGACCAGAGCCGAAGCUGUGUUUCUCCAUGAGAUGGAUGAAGAUGAUCUGGCCAACACCCUGAUCUGGCCCGAGAUUCAACAGGAGCUGAAAAUCAUCGAAUCUGAGGAGGAGCUUUCCUCCUUGCCACCGCCUGCUGUGACGAUGACCCCAAUUCAGCCAAUUCUUGAGUCAAGUCCUGGGGCCUUGGCUCCCCCAGAGCCUCCUGGGAGCUUGCCUUGUGGCUCCGCCCCUGCUCCAGUCCCCGCCCCUCUGGAGGAGUUUACUAGGGAUCCAACCAAUCAGAGCACAGAGAGCACUUCCAUGGCUACCAACAGAGAGAAGCUGGAGCCAAUCAGCGGCCUCCACAGAUCCGAGUUGGAGCUGGGCCUGCGCCCAGACCCCGCCCCCCUGGCUCCUCUGGAAAUAGUCCCGUUUGAGACCGUGUCUCUACAAACGAGGGUGGAGGUGGGGGCCCCGGGGAAUCUAUCUCCUCCACUCCCACCUGCUCCUCCCCCUCCAACUCCUUUGGAGGAGGCACCUCGAGUCUUGGUGUCAAAGGGUGGCCCUGAGAGGGAAGACCCAUCCAGGAAUUUGAGGACAAAUCCCCAGCUGAAGUUCAAAGACAGACCUGGGAUCCCUAGCCUGUGUCAGGGAGACGAGGCUGCUCCAAGACAAAGUGAAAAGCAAAAUUCGAAGAAUGCUGCUCGCGAGGGAAAAGGCUCUGGUUUACCAAGCCCAACAAAGGAGAUUGCGGUCUCCCCACAAGGAGAAGGGGAUGUAGCCCAUUCAGUUCAGGAGCCUUCAGACUGUGACGAAGACGACGCUGUGACAGACAUUGCCCAGCAUGGUCUGGAGAUGGUGGAGCCCUGGGAGGAGCCCCAGUGGGUGACAAGUCCCCUUCACUCCCCUACCCUGAAAGAUGGGCACGAGGCCCAGGUGCAGGGCCCCCAGGGCCACCGAUUGGAGAAGAGGCUUUCCCACAGGCCCAGCCUUCGCCAGAGCCAUUCUCUAGACAGCAAGCCCACAUUUAAGAGUCAGCGGACUCUCGAGGCUCCCUCCUCCAGCAGUUGUACUGAUCUUGAAACAGAGAGGAAUUCCAACCCUCAGCAGCCCCUGGCACCCAGGAGAGAGAUUAUUGGAUGGGAUGAGAAAGCCAUGAGGUCUUUCAGAGAGUUCUCUGGCCUGAAAGGGGAAGAGGCUCUUCCCAGCCAGAAGGGACCAGGUGGUGUGCAACCCAAGCCAGCAGAAACUAGCCCCAUCAGCCUAGCAGAGGGAAAGGAGUUGGGGACAUACCUAGGGCACAGCAACCCUCCAAUUAAGCAAGGUGGUGUUCCUGGGCUGGAGAGCAGUGAGGAGAGUUCACCGAGCAUGCAGGACAGCACCUUACCAGAUCAUCCCCCAAAGUUACAGCUGAAGAGCACUGAGUGUGGGCCCCCAAAAGCGAAAAAUAGACCUUCUUCCCUCAACCUGGACUCUGCCAUUCCCAUUACUGACCUCUUCCGGUUGGAGAAUGUGGCCUCAUUUAGUUCACCUGGAAUGCAGCAAUCUGAGCCGGAAGACCCAAAGGGCACAUGGGUGACUUCAUCUCACUGUAAAGCAGACCCCUGGAGGGUUUACUCCCAGGACCCCCAGGACCUGGACAUUGUUGCUCAUGCCCUGACAGGCCGCCGUAACUCAGCUCCUGUGAGUGUGUCAGCUGUGAGAACCUCCUUCAUGGUCAAAAUGUGCCAGGCCAGGGCAGUCCCAGUCAUCCCGCCCAAGAUUCAGUACACCCAGAUCCCACAGCCCCUGCCCUCUCAGAGCUCAGGGGAGAGUGGGGCUCAGCCUCUGGAGAGGAGCCAAGAGGAACCCAGCUCAACUAGUGGGACCUCUGAGAAAUCUGCCAAAGAUGAUUCUCCUUCCCCCCUGGAAAGCCCAAAGGGAGAGAAACCAAAGCAAAAUACAGGAGCUGUUAAGUCCUUGCCAAUGGAUGCCACUGCAUCCUGCAUGUGUGAGGGACCCACCCUUUCUCCAGAACCAGGCUUGUCUAACCUGCUCUCCUCCCAGGAUGCAACAGUGCAAUGCAGAAAGCGUACAUCAGAGACAGAGCCGUCUGGGGACAACCUUCUAUCUUCAAAAAUAGAGCGACCAUCUGGGAGUUCUAAGCCUUUCCAUAGGUCUAGGCCAGGAAGACCUCAGAGCCUAAUCUUAUUCAGUCCUCCUUUCCCCAUUAUGGACCACCUGCCCCCCUCAUCCACAGUGACGGAUUCCAAGGUCCUGCUGUCCCCUAUCAGAAGUCCCACCCAGACAAUUUCCCCUGGCCUUCUUUGUGGGGAGUUGGCAGAAAACACAUGGGUCACACCAGAAGGGGUUACACUUAGGAAUAAAAUGACUAUCCCUAAGAAUGGUCAGAGACUAGAGACCUCAACCAGCUGUUUUUACCAGCCCCAGCGGAGAUCAGUGAUUCUGGAUGGAAGAAGUGGGAGGCAAAUAGAAUGACAUCAAUUCACCUGCUGGUGUCUGAAAAAAACAGCAUGACUCAUCUGGAAGUUAUUACAGGGCCAACUUGUCAUUUUCCAGGCACGGGUUAUCAAGUUUGGGCUUAUUUUGGCCUCUGACUUCUCUUUCUUCAGCCUUUUGACCAUUUAUUAAUUUGUCCAUUUUCCAUAAGAGGGUCAAGGGAAGGAUGAGGAGAUGAAAUUUGGAUGUCUAUAUGAGCAAGUGGGAAAAGGUUAGGUAAGAGAAGAGGAUGGAAUGUGUGCUGCAGUGAAAUUUGGGGCUUGUUUGUGAGUUGCAUUGCUCCCCUAUUAUCAUUAUCUAUUACUCUUGAGAGCUGGCUGUGAUAGUGUCCUUUGAAAGAAAGAAAAAUCUCUUGCCUAUGUCAGAAAAUAUUGCUAUUGAGGUUUGAAGACCUCCUCUUUACGUCAUGCUUUUUAGUGCUCUUUAAAGCAUAUGUUCUUUUAGACCAGUUUUCUAAUAAGCUUUGUAAAAGAAGUGUACUAUCCAAAAUAGAAGCAGAUUUGGAAAUGCAAACUAACGUGCACUUAGAUAUCCAAGUAGGUGAGUUUACCCAUGCUGUUUCCCUGGAAUCCCUGCAGACCUGUCCAAGAUGACUCCAUAUACCAGCAUAGAAAAUCAAAAUCAAGUGCAAACUCUGAGACUGGCACAAUCCAAGAAGACUUUCUGGCUCUGGCUUCUAUUCAUUUUGGACUCCAACUGCCACUAUACUGAACUCUGACUUAUAAAUCCAGUAGCUGGGCAGGGUUGGGGCUGAGCUGAGGAUUACCUUAAUGAAAUUUACUAAAUCUUCAUUUCGGUAUGCAACUGAAGUGAAGGUUAUCUGCUUUCUUUACAAUAUCAAAGUCCAAGAACACAAAGUCAUCAUAGAGAAAAGCCUCAUGAAAAGGCAGAACUGUGCUCCAAACUUACUGUGUUUAAAUUGAUGAGGCAUAAGCAGAAAACACUUCUAGCUCAGCUUCACUCUUCUUGCACACCAGGCUGGGCCCAGUAGUACAGGAGAGGAAGAAGGGAGGCAACCUAGGAGGGGAGGGAAGAGCCCUAGCAGAGUGGCCCUCACUGCCACUCACUGAGAGCUGCCCUUCUUGAAAAUGUAUUUCAUUUUAGCCAGUUGGUCCCUUCCUUUCUUCCCUCUCCCUUGCAUAGUUCCCUCACCCACCAGUCACUCCAGGCAUUCAAACUUGCUCUUCUCCUCUGUCUAUAUAUUAACACAAACAGAAGCAAUAAACCAAUCUUAUUUUGUUUCAGUUAUUUAGAACUUUUCAAUGGUUCUUUCCUUUCAGCUGGAGAGGAGGAAGGAGAACUAAUAUACCUGCUGGCAGAUUGUUGGUGCUCCCCAAAAAGGGGUUUCACAGGGCACCUCUUCUCAGGUUCAAGCCUGGCUGAACUCUGUCCGGAAGCUCAGUCAUUGCAGAAAUAGCAGUACCUCUGGGCAGACCUCGCAACUGAGGCUCGUGCUGGGCUGGGUCAGGGCUGAGCUGUACUUACCUCCUCCAAUAAGAAAUUGGGAGCUGAUGCCCUGCAACAGAUAUAUAUUCCUUCCUCUCUCUCUCUCUCCCCCCAUCCUCCCCUCCCUCCCUGAUAAGGCUUACGAAUAGUUUUGAAAUCUCGUACCUUUUAAAGCCAGUGUCUAUGGCAAGGGUGGCUGGUGAGUCAGCUGAUGAGUUCUGCCUUCAGAGAACACCGAGUGAGCAAGGGGAGCAAUUAGUAGGCCUUUGGUCAGUGUGUUUGGACUCACUGGGUGAGCAAGACAUUGGGCCAACAGCCAAUGAGAUGUCGACCCAUAAGAAAAGUCCUAAAAUAUAGCAUUUUCCCCCUAGGCAAGCAAGGUGAAGAAAUAUAGUGGUGGCGGAUGAGAAAGGCCAUGUUCAAGAGAUUUGAAAAGUACAUUCCUGCCUUAUCAGAAAAUGUGGCAGAUAGCCUUUUAUGUCAGUCUCAGUGCACUUGUGGUGUCUACGCUUUGGUAAGGACCACAUUCCGGUUAAAAUGUGAGGGAGGGAAAGAACCGCACUUUGCUUCACUGUCCGAACUCUGAGCCAAAUAAUGAAAUAUUUAAACUAUAUUAUGAUUAUUUUAAAGUUUUCUUUGUAACAGUUAUAUAUUUGUAUUUGGGGAUAGACUGAGAAGCCACCAUUACACGCUAACAAGUGACUUCAGUUCUAAGGGUUGAGGAGCCCAUGUAGAUUGAUGAAAUGGCUGCCAUGUCCCUUUAGACUCUGACCCUUUCGUUUACAGCAUCACCUUCAGGAGCAUGAGUAUGUGGCUGUCGGCAGGAGACACACAGGAGGCUGUCUGGAGAUAUUCCCCACUCUGGGCUUUCCCAGCCGGUCAGUUCCAGAAGGCCUGAGACGCUGACUCCUCUUCUCAGUCAGUGUCGUGCUGCUCCAGCGUGGCCCUCUCCUUCGACUAUCUCCCAGCCUGUCAGCCACCACAAACAUGAUUAUAUCCUGUGGUCUGGGCUAGCCAGGAAUUUCACUGAUGAAAUUCCACUCUAAGGCAAAGAAAGCUCAUAUAUUCUCCCCAAAUUGUUACCCAAAAUGCCGUGGGAUUACCUAUUUGGUCACCCACUUGGGGCGCUGAAAAAUGAACCCCCUGAGAAUUGCUGGAUGGGAAUCAGAGUGCCUGCUUCCAUCCAGGGGAGGGGCAGAACAGGAGCUGCUGUCUGAGUCCCUAGAAAGGAAUGUAGAAUCAAACUCUCAAAGGGCUCCUUCAAAUCAACUAUCAGUCCUCAAAAUGGGGGCGGCUGACUUUAAAUGUUGAAUUUGAAGUGCAUGUCGAAUGGGUACAUGCAUGUACCAAUGUUUUCUUUCAUUCAGCAUUAAUGAUUGCUUAAGAAAAUAAUAACCUAUAUUUAUUGCAAAA